AUGUACGCUGCUCGUGCUGCCGCCCGACCUAAGUUGGGAUUGAAUAUCUCUGCUGCGCAGACUGCUCCCCGACCGUCAUUGUCGCUCAAGUCCCCUGGUCCCAUUCCUCGAACUCCUCUCUCGCCAGUGGCUACCGCGAGUCCGACAACCCAGAGAUUCUCGACCCUCCAGGUGCCGGCAUAUGGCUACACAAACUCAUGCUCGUCGAAGAGCAUUCUCAAGAAGCAACAGUCGGCACAAUCAGGAGCCCCCGAGAAACGCAUUCAAUUUAAGGUUGCACCCACAGUCUACUGUGUGACACCUAUUGAAAACCCAGAUGAAUACUACGGCAAACAUACGAAGAUCUCUCGAGAGGAACGACGAUGGGCUGUCCGCGAGUGA